GAUGGACAGCAGUGUGGGUGUCAUGAGGAGUGACGCGGCCAUAUUUGCCGGUGCUGCUCUGCUGUAAACAAAAAGUGUCUGUGAGACGGACGCUCCGCUGAUUUUAGGGACAAUUUUAUUUCUCUCAUUUAUUAACUCUUCAGGUAUGUCUUACAAACCCAAUCCCCAUCAACACCUUCCGGGAACUUCUGGGAACCAAGGAAACAUUCCUUCUCCGUCUUCAAUGGCAACAAUACAGUCAUACAAGCCAAUUCUAAAUGACUUUGGACCACCUUCAUUGGGAUUCCCACAGGGUCCAAAUGGAAACCAAGUACCUCAGAGUAAAUAUGCUGAACUCCUCGCCAUCAUCGAAGAACUUGGGAAAGAAAUAAGGCCAACAUAUGCAGGGAGUAAAAGCGCCAUGGAGCGACUUAAAAGAGGUAUCAUUCACGCCAGAGGGCUUGUCCGUGAGUGUCUGGCAGAGACAGAAAGAAAUGCGAGAUCCUAGCGCCUCCUUCCUCAUUCUCUCCAUACGGCUGAAAGAACUGUGUCUUCUAUACCGUCACACGGGAAUCAUGCAUGCCUUUCCUUUGAGGGGGAUAAAACAAUCAACAAGUGGAGCAUUUAUGUUACGAGUUGCGCUUCUCAUCUGUGGUUUGGAGGGAAUAAGGCACGACGCAGAGAAUAUAUCAUCCGAUUUAUAAAUGCAAGAGAUCUGGAAGAACUGUUGCCAUUUGAGUUGUUUUUAUAUAUUUCAUUUUCUUUGACCACAUAGUAUCUUUAAGAACAAAAUUAGCAAAAAUGCAUGCAACCGGAUUAACGGUCCCACAUUAGAAUCUGCAUGGCUUUUACAGGUUAGACUAGGUAUGUGCUUUUAGAAAUAGCUCUCAGGAUAAUAUUUUCUCCUCGGACACUCUCAUGGAUAG